AUGAACGAGCGGCGCGCCGCCAACUUAGAUAAAUUCAUUGAAAGUGGGAAAAAAGUUCGACUGCCAGAUGUGAUCAUCGUUGGCGAGAAAAAAUGCGGCACGAAGACGCUCAUGACGUUUUUGCUGGAACAUCCGCAGAUUUGCGGAUUUCGACAAGAGGUGCAUUUUGUUAAUACUGGAGAAAUCGUGAAAGACCUAAAAGCCUUGCUUGGCCACUAUUCUUCCAUCAAAAACAACAAGUCGCAAUUUCUCAUCGCGAAAACAGGUUUCGCUCUUUUCAAAGCCUACCUGCCAACCGUUCCGCAGAACAAAUUGAAGAUGAUAGAAGAAAAAUAUCUGACUGAGACGUUCGAAAACUGGAAGAAUCGAGUCGUUUUUGUAGAUAUUGUUUGUGACCCGGUGAAGAGGCUUUUGUCCGAUUUUCAGCACUACAAAGCUGAGCAUCCGAAUGCGUUGAAAAUGAAUGAUCAUAAAUUUGGAAACAAAUCGGAAUUUUCAGAAAUCAGCUUCAACCAAUUCGUCAACACUCGCAUCAAAAAACACAUCAACCAAACCGACAUCGCUCGAAGCAUCAUACGAACAUCGACUUACAAGUUUCCCAGAACCCUUCUCAAAAGUUUUCCUUCCCAACUAGUCAUUCUCGACGGCGGUGUUCUUCAAAAAGAACCGUGGAAAGAGAUGAAACGGCUAAAAGAAAAGCUGAAAUGGAAGGGUUUAUUUUACGAAGGAAGAUUUGGAAAAAGGGAAGAUGGAUUUUGGUGCGUCAAGAAGGAUGUUCAUUUAAAUACGAAGGAAAACUUGAUUAAAAGAGAACGGAGGUCUUCAAAGAAAAACUCGAUGACAAAUAAGGUUGGAGAUUCUAGCCAAGGCGAAGCCUGGGGAAGUCAUAUCGAGUUCAUCCUCUCUUGCAUCGGCUACUGCGUCGGCCUUGGAAAUGUCUGGCGCUUCCCCUACUUAGCUUAUGAAAACGGAGGAGGGGUAUUCUUCAUCCCUUAUUUUUUGAUGCUGUUCCUCGUCGGAAUCCCACUCUUCUACACUGAACUUGGCAUGGGCCAGUUUAGCGGAGAAGGAACACUUGGAGUUUGGAAGUGCUUGCCAGCGUGUAAAGGUCUUGGCUAUGGGAUGAUCCUGGUCUCUUUCUACGUGAUGAUCUACUACAACGUCGUGAUCGCCUGGUCGAUUCACUACCUCUUCUCCGGAAUGCAGAAAAUCCUCCCCUGGACGAAGUGCAACGAGUGGUGGAAUACUGCAAUCACAAAGGGGCAAUGCGCUAUUACCGCCUCUUUGAGCGAGAAUCAAAUGAACUGCAAAGCAAACAACACCGACGAAUUCGAAACGCUCUUUUGGAAACUAAACGACACUGUUCGUGAUGAAUGGGCACCGGUGCUCGUGUCCAAUUACUCGCUAAGCGAGGACGAGAUUGAUCAAGUAUUCAAUGUUUCCACCAAAAUUGCUUCUUCCGAAGAAUAUUGGUUCCGUCGAGUUCUACGAGUUUUCGACAAUUCAACUGAUGCUGGAGAGCAAGUGUAUGGUCUUGGAAACAACGGUGCUGUUUUGGGAGAUCUGGUCGGAUGCAACCUUUUUGCUUGGAUCCUUGUCUGUGCUUGUCUUUGCAAGGGUGUUCAAUCGGUCGGAAAAGUCGUCUACGUCACUGCUACGUUUCCCUACUUGGUUUUGCUGAUUCUCGUUAUUUUCGGAGCGACACUUGAGGGCGCUGGAGAGGGCAUCAAAUUCUACCUCAAACCGGACAUCGAAAAACUUGCUGAUCCGAAAGUCUGGUCAACCGCCGCUUCUCAAAUUUUCUUCUCUCUCGGCGUCAGCUUCGGCGGCUUGAUGGUCAUGGCUAGUUACAACAAAUUCUCAAAUAACAUUAUGCGGGAUACUUUUAUCGUCGCUCUUGGAAAUUGCUUCACUUCGAUUUUCGCCGGCUUCGGGGUUUUUUCUUUCCUCGGGCAUAUGGCCGUCAAAAAUUGCAUGUCCGUGGAUUCCGUCGUCGAAUCUGGCCCUGGUCUUGCCUUCAUCGCCUAUCCUGAAGCUAUGGGUUUGCUUCCAGCAUCUCAGCUUUUCUCAGUGCUAUUUUUCAUCAUGUUGAUCACCCUCGGCCUGGACUCCCAAUUCGCCUUCGUCGACAUCCUCAUCGCCGGCGUCCUCGACGAGUUCCCGAAACUCCGGUACGGCUGGAAGCGACUCCUGACCGUCAGUUUCUUUUGCUUCCUCGGUUUUCUCCUUGGCUUUCCGAUUUUGACCAACGGUGGACUCUACUGGUUCAAAUUUGUGGACAACUACAGCGCUUACUAUGGCCUGCUUCUCUUGGCUCUUUUCUUGAGCUUGAGUGUCCAUUUUGGAUACAACUUCAUGUCCGAGCCAUUCAGAUUUUUGGAGAAUAUGAAGGAAAUGAAUGGAAAUAUGAAUGUGAUCCUGAAGGGGUACUUCUACAGCUGUUGGUACUUGCUCACCCCUGGAAUGAUCAUUUUUAUCACUGCCAUGGCAUUCAGCGGCUACGGCCCGAUUUGGAGUGGGGAUGGAAAAGAAGUUUAUCCAGAGUGGAGUAAUGGUCUUGCGAUGACCAUGUCGAUGAGUCCGAUUAUUGUCUGCGUUCCUUACUUUAUCAUCAGCGUGAUAAUGACAAAGGGCAAGAGCCUAAAACCGACCGAUGAUUUCAAAUCAAAGCAAGAAAAAGAAGGCGGCGCAACAACUCAAGACUCGAAAUUCUAG